AUGAAAUUGAUUAGGCUAUUGAGGAAAUGUAGGAAUGAAGGAGUUGAAAUCGAGACUAAGGAUAAACGAAGAAUAGCUGGAACAGUUCGUUAUGUUGACAAACAGAUGAAUGUAGAGCUUAGUGAUGCGAUUGUUGAAGGCAAACAUAUUGGAAGUUACAAUAUACGAGGAAGCUCGAUAAGAUAUAUUAUAUUUAGGGAAAAUAUAGACUUUAAGCAAUUACUUAUAGAUGACAGGCCCAGAGUCAAGACAGCUUCUGAUGAAAAAAGCACUGAAGAACCUAAGAGAAGGAAAACACAAGUGUAA